AUGCCCGCAAAAACACAACAAAAGCGGAAAAAGAGCGAAACACCGCGUUAUCUCGAAGAACUCGAGGAUUUCUUUCGCGAGAGCGUGAGAGCAGAAGCCAAUCGCGUCUCUUACAAGAGUCUCUCGCCAGAAGCUCUCCAAUCGUGUUUGGAAUUGGGAUUUUGUAACGGAGACUUGAAAUCGCUAUUACGCACGUGUAGAGAUCCAAAUAAUGAAGAAUUGGACGAAGAGGAAAUAGAUGAUAUGCUCGAAGCGCUGCAUGAAAAUGGAACUACCAUAAAUCAACCUUUUUGCUUUGCUCCUGGAGCGGUAGCCAUAAAGCAAAUGCUCGUAUCCAACCGAGUAGUACAUCACGAACGAGUCGAGUACUACACGCACGAUAUCGAGGUGGGAAUUUACGCAUCGAAGAACGUGAAGAAGGAUGGAAAAGAGAACGAUUUCGCAGAGUGGCAUUGGGACGAAAACUUGAAUUAUACGAUUCAGCUUACCGGUGAGAAAGAGUGGAAAACGGCGCGAGGAGAAGCGAACCCACUUUCGAGUGGUAUGAAUUUAACGUCGCCCAGAAACGCCUACGAAAAGAAGAGAAACAGAUCGCGUGAACUAUGGGGAAAUACUCUUAAUUGUAAUGGUUUGAAACGAGAAAAGAAAUACGAUUUAUCGCCAUCAACCGAGGGUGAUAGUAAAAGCGAAAGAUUAAAGCCGGGAAUGAUGAUCAGAGUCUCACCCGGAGAAUGGCAUCGAGUAGAAGCAUGCGAAACUGGUAAAAAAGAUGAAGUAACCAUAAGUAUAAAUGUUCGACUCGCGCACAUCACGCCGGCGCGAUGGGCUGCCGAAUGCAUAUUCUCUGGUCUAGCUAUUAAAUUUUACGGCUCUCAUAGGGACGUUCACAGGCAAAUGAUAAAUGAUUCCAAAUCGUCAAGUGAUGCGUCUUUUGAUUCGCACCUGAAUUUUUGCGCGUCCCCAAAAUUUAUCGCCGAUGCCAAACGAAAAUGUCCGCUACUUCGUAUACUUCCGUUCGAUGCGAAAAUCUCGAAUGGAUUGAUAUUAGGGAACACAGCUUCAAAUCUUUUAGCCUACGCCGAAAAUGCUUCCACUAACGAAACUGUUACGCCUGUGCUAAAAACCGAAGGCUGCGCCACGCUGAAAAUUUUUGCGAACCGGCUUUGCGCAAUAGAGGUCACCGACUAUAGCGAAAUAGGGAGCGAAGAGAAGGGAUUCGAAAAAAUGAAAUGUAUGAAGAUUACAAGUACGAGCACGUUGAGUAACUUCGAUUACAUGAACACAUUUUACAUAGUGCUCGAUGACGAAGACUUUAGCCAAGAGCUCGUGCAAUGCUUCGCGGAUGAAAAGUACGAGGACGACGACGCCAACGACCGGGGCGUUGAACUCGAGCACGUCUCGAAAAAGUGCGCCCGCAUGCUCGACGUCUUGGUCGAUCAUGGAAUAGCGAUUGUUCUCUCUAGCUCCGACGACGACGAGGAUUGA